CGCCAUUUAAAGUACUGCUUCCCUUCUCGAGGGCAACGACUCAAGAGCGACCGUUUACCGGACAGAGAGACCGUUCGUUGGAUAUUUCCCGUUGAACCGCUGUGAAUCCAGAGCAGCAGCAGUAUGGCAGAUGACCUGGACAUCGAGGCGAUGCUGGAGGCUCCGUACAGGAAGACUUGCCUAACGAUUUCUCACCUCUACUCCCCUGAAUGCCAGUGUGAUCUGUCACAAACAUGAAGGAGGACACCAAGAGCCACAGUCCCAAUGGACAGGAGGACCGCAGCAAGAGGAAGAAACGCAGCCGCAGCCGUGACAGGAGACGCAGCAAAAGUCGAGAAAGGAAGAAGAGCCGGAGUCGCGAGCGGAAACGCAGCCGCAGCAGAGACAAGCGAAGGAGUCGCAGCAGAGAGCGACACGGCAGCAGAGAGAGGGGCGGGCGCUACAGAGACCACCACAAACACCGUCGACGUUCAAAGAGUAAGAGUCCCUUGAAGAAGGAGAAGAGUCCCAUCAGACUGCCGAUAGACAACCUGUCUCCAGAGGAGCGUGAUGCUCGGACGGUGUUCUGCAUGCAGCUGGCAGCCAGGAUACGACCUCGAGACCUGGAGGACUUCUUCUCUGCUGUGGGGAAGGUUCGAGAUGUGCGGAUGAUCUCUGACAGGAACUCCCGCAGGUCAAAGGGCAUCGCCUACAUCGAGUUUAUGGAGGCUACCUCCGUUCCUCUGGCCAUCGGGCUGACGGGGCAAAGGCUGCUGGGAGUUCCGAUCAUCGUACAGGCCUCACAGGCAGAGAAGAACCGAGCGGCAGCUGCAGCCAACAACUUGCAGAAAGGAUCUUUGGGACCGAUGAGGCUCUACGUCGGCUCGCUGCACUUCAACAUCACAGAGGAGAUGCUGAGAGGAAUCUUUGAGCCGUUUGGACGGAUUGAGAGCAUCCAGCUGAUGAUGGACAGUGAGACAGGACGCUCCAAAGGCUAUGGCUUCAUCACUUUUUCAGAUGCAGAGUGUGCUAAGAAAGCUCUGGAUCAGCUGAACGGCUUCGAGCUGGCGGGUCGACCGAUGAAGGUGGGUCAUGUGACGGAGCGGACCGACGCCUCCACAGCUUCCUCUUUCCUCGACAACGACGAGCUCGAACGCACCGGCAUCGACCUCGGGACCACAGGCCGACUGCAGCUGAUGGCCCGACUCGCAGAGGGUACAGGUCUACAGAUCCCUCCUGCUGCUCAGCAGGCUCUGCAGAUGAGUGGAGCGAUCGCUUUAGGAGCCAUGGCUGCUGUUUCAGCUGCCAUGAAUCCAGCUCUCAACAUGAAUAUGAACAUGAACCCCAUGAACCCCAUGAACCCCAUGAACUCCAUGAACUCCAUGAACUCCAUGAACUCCAUGAACACCAUGAACACCAUGAACCCCAUGAACCCCAUGAACCCCAUGAACACCAUGAACCCCAUGAACCCCAUGAACUCCAUGAACUCCGGUGCUAUGAAUCUUCCCUCUCAGCCACUCGCCACACACUGCUUCCAGCUGUCGAACAUGUUCAACCCCCACAGUGAGGAGGCUCCUGGCUGGGACACGGACAUCCAGCAUGAUGUCAUCGAGGAGUGUAACAAACAUGGAGGAGUCGUUCACAUCUACGUCGACAGGAACUCUGCUGAGGGGAAUGUUUACGUCAAGUGUCCGUCCAUCCCGGCUGCAAUGGCCGCCGUCAACUCUCUACACGGAAGAUACUUUGCUGGUAAAAUGAUCACAGCAGCGUACGUUCCUCUGCCCACCUAUCAUAACCUGUUCCCAGAAGCCGCCACCUCUACCCAGCUGCUGGCCCCGCCCGCGAGACGAUGACUCAACAACACUGCCCUCUGAUUGGACACUGAGCCUCUUUUUUAAUCCUCCCCUCCAAUUGGUCAACAGACUUGUCAGUUUCACUUUGGGCCCUCCGGUGUCAGAACAGCGUGGGAUGAUGUUUGUUUUUCCGUUCUGUUUGCUUCCUAAUGUUCGUUCUAAAUAGCAUUUCUGGGCGUGGCCUGUUUUCAGUAUCGUCCAAUGAUUGAGCUCCGUGAGCUGUGAUGAGGCCAGCCGAUGAUGGAGGUGGAUUCAGCUGAUUGGUUGGUAUUACAAUGUUUUCUAAUCAAGAGUUUGAUUUUGUAAAGUCCUUGAUUAAAUUUUAUUUUGAAGUCA